AUGCCGUCUACAGAUGUUGCGGAGCUUCAGAAAAAGCUCUUCAAGCGCAUGGGCUUGAGCGUGCCGGAAGAGAAACCGCAGACCCAAAGGCGCCCGUUCAAGCAGACCAAAGGAAGCUUCAGCCAAGUUUCACGCCGGAAAGAGCAGAGAGCGCAGAAGAGGGCGCAAAGCCACUCGAAGCAUCCUGCUCCUACGAGGAAAGGUGCCAUUGGCGCCGCGUUUCCUCGGCAAGAGAGGAAGCCUCAGCACCAGCCUCAGCCUCAACCUCAACGACGGCCGGCUUCCCCAGUGGAAUCGGCAUCCAGCGAUGACGACGCGACGCCAGACGAGCAGGAUGACGACUUGUCUCAAGAGUCCGAUGAAGACCUCGGCAGCGAACUCGGCAGCGAUGACGACCUAGAGGACGGGGAUGAUCUCGACUCAGAGGAGAGCCUCUCCGAGAGUGACGAGGCGCAGACGCCAGGGAAAGGGUCAUCAAAAUACGAGGGCCUCCCCACGGCCGUCCGCGAGAAGCUAGCCCAAGACGAUAAAGAGAUUGAAGAAUUCGAAAGGAAACUGCGCAUCAAGAAAGGAUCAUCCUCGCUGCCGAAAGCUUUCAGAGACGAUGGGCUCGACGAGCUUUUGGGUGAUGUUGGGUCGGACCAUGAGACGGCGGAAGCAGACGACUCACUCAAACGGAAACAGCAAUUCGAUGACUGGUUGGCUUCAAAGCGGAGGAAAGCAAUGCCUGAGGCGGCUGGCUCCGAUAACUCUGAUGGCUCGGGAGAUGAAGACGACUUUGGGUUCUCGGACGACGAAGAUGGUAUGGACGACCAGGAAGAAGAUGCGCCGCAUGAUACCAAGCCCAGAGUAAAGGAGAACCCGUACGUGGCGCCUACGACAGGGGCAGUGGUCGGCAAAUAUGUCCCCCCUUCGUUGCGAAAAGCCGCCAACUCAGAGUCAGAAGCGAGAUCGCGGCUGCAGAAACAGAUCCAAGGUCUGGUGAAUCGUCUUACCGAAGCGAAUAUUCUGGGCAUUGUCAAAUCUGUCGAGGAUCUGUACCAGAAUAACGCGCGUGGUGAUGUUACCGAAAUUCUUACGAGCACAGUUCUGGCGCAAAUGUACAAGUCUUCAAGCGUCCCGGACCAGUUUCUGGUUCUCACAGGCGGCUUUUCCGCUGCAGUCUACAAGGUGAUUGGAUCCAGCUUUGGCUCCCAUCUCAUACAGCAGAUUGUGGUAAGCUUUGGGGAAUCCUAUAAGCAUGCCACGCAAGAAGGGAGCAGCUUCGCGGAGAUCCCAAAGGAGUCAUCAAAUAUUCUGGGAUUUCUCACACAGCUAUAUCUGUUUGAAGUUGUCAGCUGCAAAAUCAUGUUUGAUUACAUGGAAAGAUUCCUUGCGGACCUGAACGAGCUGAAUGUCGAGCUGCUUCUGCGCAUCUGCCGCAUGGCAGGUCGUCUUCUACGAAGAGACGACCCUAAUGCGCUCAAGCAUGUGGCAUCGAUUCUCAACAAAGCAGUCAACGAAGCCGGAUCUUCUAGCGAACUGUCUGUACGAACAAAAUUCAUGGUUGAGACGAUCAACGAUCUUGGCAAGAGCAAGCCCAAGGCGCGAGGAUUGGAUUCUUCCAUUGUAUCGGAUCACGUCCUUCGCAUCCGAAAAAAGCUCGGCGAGCUCAAAUCCCAGUCGCGGAGACUCGAUGGUCUGGCACCAAUGGGAUUGAACCUGGAGGACAUUGAAAAGGCAGACACAAGGGGCAAGUGGUGGCUGGUGGGAGCAAGCGUCCCAGCCAAGGAGACAUAUCAAGAGUCGGAGAAGAAGUCGGCAUCCACUGCUAAGAACGAUCAUCAUGACCUGUCCGACGACAACGAAGACAUGGAUAUCGUGCUGCCAGACUUUCCCAAGAAGGCCCGCGGCCAGGGCUUCCACACCUCGGCACAGAUAGCCAUCUUCACAGCCAUCAUGUCCGCGUCAGAUUUUGAGCAAGGGUACCGUCAAUACGUCAACCUUAAACUGAAGAAGGACGAUCAGGCUGAGAUUGCUCGCGUCCUUGUGCAGUGCGUUGGGAGUGAGGCGAACUACAACGAGUAUUACGCGCUGGUGGCCAAACAAGCCUGCUCGAACAACCGAAUCAGGUUUGCUUUCCAGGACAGGCUAUGGAAAAUCUUCCGGAACCUUGGCGAGCUCAUGUUCGGCGAAGAGCCAGAGGAUGAGGAGAGUGCCGAAAGCGAGCAGCUGAAGGAUGAGCGACGCCUUCGUCACGUGGCUCGCUUUUAUGCAGGCUUGAUAUUCGACGGGGCGUUGAAUAUCAACAUAUUGAAGCCUUUGAACCUCCCUCGGCUGAACAAGUGGACUCUCCUAUUUGUCGAGCAGCUCAUUAUCAGCUUGUUGCAAGCCUGCCGGGGAAGCGAGGCAAAGGAGAACGUCAGGGUUGCCAAAGUGUUUGGCGUAGUGGCAGAAGUGCCAACGCUUGCAGCAGGCAUGGACUGGUUCCUCCGGAAGAAGGUCCGGAAAAGCAAGUUGCUGACGUCAAAGGAGAUGAAGAAGCUGGAGAGGGUAAGGGAGAGAGCUGAAGCUACCGUCCAACUCCAGGCGGCGAGGGAAUGA